CCCCCCUUUCUCUUUGCAACCCAAUCUUUCUGGAGGACCCAGUCCCGCUCCUAAUCACUCAGGAAUGCUUUGUGUCUGCUUGCUUUCGCUUUAGGCUCCGUCGGGAAGGAGGAGGGGGGAAAAAAAAUGGUGCAUGAUUCAAACCAGCAGAGAGGCGAUUUUUUGCUGCAGUCCUGGAGUGAAAAGUUUCGAUGCGGGAGACGAUCGCUCGGGCUGGGCUCCCCCCUCUAAGCCCUCGGAUCUAAACACGGCUUCUUUCCCCCCUCUCGUAGGAAGGGGAAGACUCUUGUGCUGGGAGCCAUGAGCUUGGAUUGGUUUUAUUGAAGUCUGCCAAGUUGCACCCGGGAGCCUGAAGAUCCCUGUUGCCUGGACACUUCUCCGCUUUGGGGGAAGCAGAGGAGGGAGCCAUGGCGUCCGGCUUCUCUAAUGGACCCUGCAUGCAGAACGAAGCCGAGGUGGUUCACCUCUGCCGGAGCUUGGAAGUUGGCACUGUGAUGACUUUGUUUUACUCGAAAAAAUCCCAGAGGCCAGAGAGGAAAACUUUCCAGGUGAAGCUAGAAACCAGACAGAUCACCUGGAGCAGAGGCUCGGAGAAGAUAGAAGGAGCAAUUGAUAUCCGUGAAAUCAAAGAGAUUCGUCCAGGAAAGAAUUCCCGAGACUUUGACCGAUACCAGGAGGAUCCCUGCUUCCGGCCAGACCAGUCUCACUGCUUCGUCGUCCUCUAUGGAAUGGAAUUCAGGCUGAAAACUCUCAGCCUGCAAGCCACAUCUGAAGAUGAAGUAAACAUGUGGAUCAAAGGGUUAACCUGGCUUGUGGCAGAUACUCUGAAGGCCACCACUCCCCUGCAGAUUGAGAGGUGGCUUCGGAAGCAGUUUUACUCGCUGGAUCGCAACCGAGAAGACAGGAUUUCAGCCAAGGAUUUGAAAAACAUGCUCUCUCAAGUCAACUACCGGGUCCCAAACAUGCGGUUCUUGCGGGAGAGGUUAACGGAUGUGGAACAGAGGAAUGGGGAUAUAACAUACGGCCAGUUUGCUCAGCUUUACCGAAGCCUGAUGUUCAAUGCCCAGAAAACGAUGGACCUCCCAUUUCUGGAAAGAAGUGGGGAAAGAGCUGAACACUACCGGGUGUCCUUGCUGGAUUUCCAGAAAUUCUUACUGGACUAUCAGAUGGAGCUCUGGGCUACAGACCUAAACCUGGUGCAGGAGUUCAUGUUUAGCUUUCUGAGAGAUCCACUGAGGGAGAUUGAAGAGCCAUAUUUCUCCUUAGAUGAGUUUCUCACCUUCCUAUUUUCCAAAGAGAACAGCAUCUGGAACUCGCAGCUGGAUGCAGUGUGUCUAGAGAACAUGAAUAACCCCCUCUCCCAUUACUGGAUAUCCUCCUCACAUAACACGUACCUGACGGGAGACCAGUUCUCGAGUGAGUCUUCUUUAGAAGCAUACGCUCGCUGCCUGCGCAUGGGCUGCCGCUGCAUUGAGUUGGAUUGCUGGGAUGGCCCAGAUGGGAUGCCAGUGAUUUAUCAUGGACACACCUUAACCACCAAAAUCAAAUUCUCUGAUGUCUUGGUCACCAUCAAGGAGCAUGCCUUUGUGACCUCUGAUUAUCCUGUCAUCCUGUCCAUUGAAGAUCAUUGCAGCAUUGCCCAACAGAGGAACAUGGCUCAGAAUUUUAAGAAAGUCUUUGGGGACAUGCUCUUGACCAAACCAGUAGAUAUUUCUGCUGAUGGGCUCCCAUCUCCAAACCAGCUUAAGAGGAAGAUUCUCAUUAAGCACAAGAAGCUGGCGGAGGGCAGUGCUUAUGAGGAGCUGCCAACAUCCAUAAUGUAUUCAGAGAAUGAUAUCAGCAACUCGAUAAAGAACGGGAUCCUUUACCUGGAAGAUCCCAUCAACCAUGAGUGGAACCCACAUUACUUUGUCCUGACCAGCAACAAGAUCUAUUACUCUGGGGAGACCACGAAUGACCAAGGAAAUGAGGAUGAGGAGGAACAAAAGGAGGUGAGCAACAGCACUGAACUUCACUCCACGGAGAAAUGGUUUCACGGCAAGCUGGGGGCUGGGCGUGAUGGGCGCCACAUAGCAGAGAGGCUGCUGACAGAAUACUGCAUAGAGACAGGAGCCCCUGAUGGGUCUUUCCUGGUGCGAGAGAGUGAGACAUUUGUGGGAGACUACACCCUCUCUUUCUGGCGCAACGGGAAGGUGCAGCAUUGCCGCAUUCACUCCCGCCAGGAUGCCGGCAGCCCUAAGUUCUUCCUGACUGACAACCUGGUGUUUGAUAGUCUGUACGACCUCAUCACCCACUACCAGCAAGUGCCACUGCGGUGCAACGAGUUCGAGAUGAGACUGACGGAGCCUGUGCCACAAACAAACGCCCAUGAGAGCAAAGAGUGGUACCAUGCCAAUCUCACCCGGGCCCAGGCAGAGCACAUGCUGAUGAGGGUGCCACGAGAUGGAGCCUUCUUGGUGCGCAAGAGGAGUGAACCCAAUUCCUACGCUAUCUCCUUCCGGGCGGAAGGGAAAAUCAAGCACUGCCGAGUGCAGCAAGAGGGCCAGACUGUGCUGCUGGGAAACUCAGAGUUUGAUAGCCUGGUGGACCUGAUCAGCUACUAUGAGAAGCACCCGCUCUACCGCAAAAUGAAGCUGAGGUACCCGAUCAACGAGGAGACCCUGGAGAAGAUCGGGACAGCAGAGCCAGACUAUGGAGCCCUUUAUGAAGGGCGCCACCCGGGAUUCUACGUGGAGGCCAAUCCCAUGCCAACGUUCAAGUGUGCUGUCAAAGCCCUGUUUGACUACAAGGCACAGCGAGACGACGAGCUCACCUUCACAAAGAAUGCCAUCAUCCAGAACGUGGAGAAACAGGAAGGAGGCUGGUGGAGAGGGGAUUAUGGAGGCAAGAAGCAGCUGUGGUUUCCUUCCAACUACGUGGAGGAAAUAGUCAGUCCCACGGGUCUGGAGCCUGAAAGGGAGCAGCUAGAUGAGAACAGUCCCCUGGGAGACCUGCUUGGAGGUGUCCUUGAUGUACCGUCCUGUCAGAUAGCCAUCCGCCCUGAGGGGAAGAACAAUCGGAUGUUCGUCUUCUCCAUCAGCAUGGCCUCGGUGUUGCGCUGGUCCCUGGACGUGGCAGCUGACACGCACGAGGAACUGCUGGACUGGGUGAAGAAGAUCCGAGAGGCAGCCCAGACCGCUGAUGCCAGGCUCUCGGAAGGGAAGAUGAUGGAAAGGAGGAAGAAGAUUGCCCUGGAGCUGUCAGAGCUUGUCGUCUAUUGCCGGCCUGUGCCCUUUGAUGAAGAGAAGAUUGGCACAGAAAGGGCCUGUUACAGGGACAUGUCCUCCUUCCCCGAGACCAAGGCAGAGAAGUAUGUCAACAAGAUCAAAGGCAAGAAGUUCCUACAGUACAACCGACUGCAGCUCUCCCGCAUCUACCCCAAGGGCCAGCGCCUUGACUCCUCCAACUAUGACCCCUUGCCCAUGUGGAUCUGCGGCAGUCAGCUGGUGGCACUCAACUUCCAGACCCCAGACAAGCCCAUGCAGAUGAACCAGGCUCUGUUCAUGUCCAGUGGCCAAUGUGGGUACGUGUUGCAGCCGCCUAACAUGAGGGACGAUCUCUUUGACCCCUUUGACAAAAGCACACUGCGCGGGGUGGAGCUGAUCUCAGUCUCCAUUGAGGUCCUUGGUGCACGACAUCUUCCCAAAAACGGGCGGGGGAUUGUUUGCCCCUUUGUGGAGAUUGAGGUUUCUGGAGCAGAGUAUGACAAUGUGAAACAGAAGACUGAGAUUGUGGCGGAUAAUGGCCUGAACCCAGUCUGGACCCAGAAGCUGUUCAACUUCCAGAUCAGCAACCCUGAAUUUGCCUUCCUGCGCUUUGUAGUGUAUGAGGAGGACAUGUUCAGUGAUGAGAACUUCUUGGCUCAGGCUACUUUCCUAGUGAAAGGCCUGAAGACAGGGUACAGAGCUGUGCCUCUGAAGAAUAACUACAGCGAGAGCCUGGAGCUAGCUUCUCUACUUGUUAAAAUAGAGAUUUUCCCUGGCAAGCAGGAGAAUGGUGAAAUUAACCCCUUUGGUGCUUCAGUGCUUCGGGAACGAUCAGGAGACUCUUCAAGCCAGCUCUUAGCACAGCGUGCCCGGGAAGGGUCUUUUGAUUCCCGUUACCAACAGCCAUUUGAGGACUUCCGGGUGUCACAGGAGCAGCUGACGGACCAUUUUGACAGCCGGGACCGAAGGGUACUGCGAAGAACCAGGGUGAAUGGGGAUAACCGGCUCUAGCCCAACUUCGCCUGCCGAAAAGCACCUCCAGUGCUUGUGAUUAUCACGGAACGCUGUGAACUGGUUUCUAUGGAAACGGCACUGCUUUGGCCUACUUUCAGGCAGCUUUUCCAGUUUCUCUGCUGAAGUGUGUUCAAGUGGAGAAAUAAAAAACAAAACAAAAAACACCCACCCACCAACCUUCCCCCACCAAGCUCUUAAUGAAAUGUAUUACUGUGUAUAGCCUGUCAGCCACCAAGGUGGGAGACGCAACUGUCUGCAGUCAAACCCUCCCUCCCUCCAACCCCCUUUGACCUCCUUUUAAGUGAGAAAUCCCGAUCCCAGCUCCGCUCAGAAGAGCGGCUGCGGGGAGCCGUUUACAGAAUGAACUUGCUGUAAGCGUUUUCCACUACCUUCGUGACCAGCCUGCGGGGGGGCGUAUGUCAGUCUUGUUGGCGAUGCAUCAAAGUACCUGUAUAGCCAACUGCCGUCUGGGUACCGUAGUAAAACUCAAAGUUUACAAGGCUUCUCUAAGCUUUGAAAAUGACAAUAAAA